GUGGGUACGUGAUUCGUGAUAAGAAAUCGCUCAUGAGAGACGAUAUUCAUAUGAUUUGUGAGCUGCUGGUCAGUUAUAACGCAGGUUGUCGCAUAAGAGACUUGCGCGCAAACCAAUCGCAUCUGAUUGCAGGUUACAUGUGUACGUUACCCCAGCAUGGCAAAGAGAGGCAAAGUUGAUUUUACAAAAGAAGUGAACAUUGAUUUGUUGGAAAUCGGAAACAUUUAUCCGAAAGCGAUGGUGGAAAGCAAAUCACUUUUAGUGGAUGCGCGAACUUUGAAGGUGAUUAACAAACAUCCUAAAGUGAAGCAAACGGCACGAAAAUCAACCAAGAAUAAAUAUCGGUUAAACCAACCAACCCCCUUACAAUCAUCAAGUUGCGAUUCAUCUUCGAAACCAAAGAACCUCCUAAAGCCGGCUUUGAACAGAGAAUCCAUGGGUCAAGGUCUAUUGAACAAACCGGAAGUAUUUGCAACGAAAAAUGUUGAGCAGAAACAAACAGAAAAAACGAAUUCUUGUCAGAAUGAAGGAAAUAUUUCAACCAUUACAAAAACAACAAAGCGUAUUUGUUCAACAGCAGGGGUACCAACCCCCACAAAACUACCCCCUGCGAUAAAGGCCCCACCCAUUGCCCCACCCCCCACCAAAAACCAUUCUUCUACAAAGGCCCCACCUGCAAGAAGAGAGUCUUCCCCCAUCAUGAAGAGCUCGACCCCGGAAACGGUCCCACCCCCUAAGAAGGUCUCCACACUAAAUGACUUCAUGAAGAAUCAUUCCACAAAGGUUCCGCUCUCCAAAGCGAACCCGCCCAUCAGAAAAGACCCGCCCCCUUCAAAAACCCCUACACCAAAGGACCCACCCCUCAAAACUGACCGUAAGGACCCACCCCCAACUAGAAGGAUCCCCCUUGCCAUAAAAGCCCCACCCCCCGACCCAGCCAAACCCCCUAGCCCCCAAACGAACUUACCGCUCACAAGACCCCCCCCAUAGACCCCCUCCCGAAGAAGGGUUC